ACGCCUUUUCCGGAACACUGCAGGCACGUGGUGGAAACAGGGCUGUGUUCUCACCGCGCUCUUCCUCCCCACGGCUCUGCCCCUUAUCUCCUUCCUCCUCCCGUCCUCGGCCUUGCCCCCGUUUCACUUCCUCCUUCCCAAAAUACUCCCGGCUGCUGACAGCAGGGCUGCUGUUGGUGACCUCGCUGGAUGUGGUGAAUUCACAGAUAUUUGGGUGGCUUUUGGGGGUUGCUCUGCCUGUGUCCCGCUCUGUGCCCCCCAGCCCGGCACGACCCCGCUGCCCCGGCCCAAGAAAGCCUGGUUUGAUUCCGGGGCCGGUGAUUUCAUCCCUUGCCGGGGGCCGGAGCGGCGGGAAUAAAGGCGGGUUUGUUCCCCUCCCACACACCCAUCCCAGAGCACGGCACCCCCGGGCACUGCGUCCCCCUGGGCUUUGGGAGCUGCACAUUCCGCAGUCCCAGCGGUUUUUAGCCAGCGGGGAGUAGUUUUGGUUUAUUUCUUUUGGAUCCCGGGCCUGGGAAGCUCUCUGGGCUGGAUGUUUCCACGUGUGGGUCACCAGGGAAAGCAGGGCCCUGGCUGUGCAGCCUGGGAGAGGAGUGGGAUGGGCCUCCCAGAGGUCAUCUCCAUUCCCUUCCCUUCUCUGGGCAUCUCCACCCGUCUGCUCCACGCUGGAUUUUUCCUUGGUGCAGAUGCUGCGCUCAAAAACUCCGUUCUUAAGAAGCUGUAUCCGUGCAAAUGCCUCCUAAUCCGGGUCUCAUGGUACCGAGUGACGCGUCCCCCCUGUGAGAGUCGCUCCCCUGCCUCCUGAGAAGAUGUCAGGGAUGCAGGCCGUGUGGCCGUCCGGUACAGAAUGUAUCGCCAAGUACAACUUCCACGGUACCGCCGAGCAGGACCUGCCCUUCAGCAAAGGAGACGUCCUCACCAUCGUCGCUGUCACCAAGGAUCCCAACUGGUACAAGGCGAAGAACAAGGUGGGCCGCGAGGGCAUCAUUCCUGCAAACUACGUCCAGAAGCGGGAAGGGGUCAAAGCUGGCAUCAAGCUCAGCCUCAUGCCGUGGUUCCACGGGAAGAUCACACGGGAGCAGGCGGAGAGGCUGCUGUACCCCCCUGAGACGGGGCUGUUCCUGGUGCGGGAGAGCACCAACUACCCCGGGGACUACACACUGUGCGUCAGCUGUGAGGGCAAGGUGGAGCACUACCGCAUCAUCUACUCCUCCAGCAAGCUCAGCAUCGACGAGGAGGUCUACUUCGAGAACCUCAUGCAGCUGGUGGAGGUGAGGCCUCAGCUGGCAUCUCCCUCCAGCCCCCGUGGGGGACACGCGGGGACAUCAGAGCUUGUGGGGCUCCGGAGCUUGGGAGGCGGCGCGCGCUCUUCCUCCUGUGCUGACGCCCCGGGGUGGGGAUGCUGGGGACAGAGGGACCUUGGGCUGCCACCGAGCCCAUCCGUGGCCUGCUGCUGCCACCUGCUGGGACCUCAGACCCACAUCUCUCCAUCCCUCGUGCAGGGCAGCCUAGUAGAUUACCUGCGGUCACGCGGGCGGUCGGUGCUCGGGGCAGACUGUCUGCUCAAGUUCUCCCUAGAUGUCUGUGAAGCCAUGGAGUACCUGGAAGCCAACAACUUCGUGCACCGGGACCUGGCAGCGAGGAACGUGCUGGUCUCGGAGGACAACAUCGCCAAGGUCAGCGAUUUCGGGCUCACCAAGGAAGCCUCUUCCACACAGGACACGGGCAAGCUGCCCGUCAAGUGGACAGCACCAGAAGCACUUAGAGAAAAGAAAUUCUCCACCAAGUCGGACGUGUGGAGCUUCGGGAUCCUCCUCUGGGAAAUCUACUCCUUCGGGCGAGUGCCUUAUCCGAGAAUUCCCCUGAAGGACGUGGUGCCCCGUGUGGAGAAGGGCUAUAAGAUGGAUGCUCCAGACGGUUGUCCGGCCGUCGUCUACGAGGUGAUGAAGAAGUGCUGGACCCUGGACCCCGGCCACCGGCCGUCCUUCCACCAGCUCCGUGAACAGCUAGUGCAUAUCAAAGAGAAGGAGCUCUACCUGUGAGAGGGGGGCUCUGCCACCCCACAGCCGCAGGGGACCCACGCUGGGGGGGACCAGGGUGUGGGCAGCCCCCCUGCCCCACCACGGCACCAGGAGGGAGCCCCGGGGGUCUGGGUGUCCCCCUCCCCUGCCCCAAUUCCCCCGGUUGCUUCCAAACUUCCAAAUCUGUCAGUUUUUAUUUUUAUUUUCUAGGUUUGGGUUUGUUAUUUUUCAUUUUGGUCUCCCACGCUUUUUUUUUUUAUUUUAUUAUUAUUAUUAUUAUUUUUGUGGGUGGUUUUUUUUUUUUGUCAUUUUCUCAGUUUUGGGGGGGCGUUUAUUGUUUUGGGUUGGUUUUUUGGGUUUUUUUGGGUUUUUUUGUCGUUGUUUUUUUAUUAUUUCAAGCAGGGCCCAGCUGAACGCCGGGCGUUUUACUAAAGUACGAAUCUUAUUUUUUAAUGUAAUUAAAAGAAGAAAAAAAAAAAAAUAAGGAAAAAAAAAAAAAAAAAGAGAGAAGAAGGUUGUUAAAAGGAGAAUAAUAAUAAAUAAACCAAUGAAACGGACACAUGAAAAGGAAACCCCCAGCGACAGAAGUGAUGGUUGACGGGGAGACGCUGGACUCGCCGCCCGGUCGGGAGAGCGCGGCCGCGUCCCCGCCAGACGCUUUUUAUUUUUUGGGUUGUUUUGCUUUAAACUCGUUGCAAUGUUUGCAUGCUGUCUCCAGAGGCCUUUUUUUCCAGUCCUGUCCAGUGCUUUAUUCUCAUGUAAUGCUACCGACUGUGAGAUUAAAAACUGUAAUAAAAAAAAAACCAUUCCAUACGGACGCGGCA